GCGUGUUUCCUUGAACGGUUUAGAUUUGGCCACGCCGGACUACCACUCCACGAGUGUUGACUACUCUAACGGAUACUUUUUCAUUGAGAAAUUCGAAGCCAAUAUGAACAGCACAGAGCAGCUGUGCCUCGCUCUGAUACACAAGUGCAAGGCCCUCGAAACCGUGAAGCAAAUCCAGGCCUUUGCGUGCAAGACCGGACUCGAUACCGAUCGCUUAGUCGCCGGGAAGCUUAUCUUCCACUGCGUCGUUUCGAUAUCCGAUGCUCUCCACUACGCUCGCCGUGUCUUCUCUCACUUCCCGGACCCAGAUGUUUUCAUGUACAACACGAUCAUCAGAGGACUCGCCGAAUCCGAUGCCCCGCAGAGUGCUAUUGUUGCGUUCACCGAAAUGCGUCGAGGAUCGAUGGUUGUAGCCCCGCCUGAUAGCUUCUCUUUCGCGUUCGUACUUAAAGGGGCGGCUAAUUACGGGUCUUUGAGAGCUGGGGUUCAGCUGCAUUGUCAGGCUAUAAGGCAUGGGCUCGAUACCCAUAUAUUUGUUGGUACGACUCUUGUGAGCGCGUAUGCGGAAUGUGGGUGUGUGGGUUCUGCUAAGAAGGUGUUUGAGGAAAUGAGAGAACCAAAUGUUGUCGCUUGGAAUGCGGUGCUUACGGCGUGUUUAAGAUGCGGGGAUGUAAAGGGUGCGGCGGGAAUGUUCGAUAGGAUGCCGAUUCGGAAUGUGACCUCGUGGAAUGUCAUGCUCGCGGGGUACACCAAAGCGGGGGAGCUUGAGCUGGCUAAGAAGGUGUUCUUGGAAAUGCCUGUGAAGGACGAUGUUUCUUGGAGUACUAUGAUUUCUGGGUUUGCUCAUAAUGGUUGUUUCUAUGAGGCGUUGGGUUUUUUCAGGGAGUUGCGACGGGUGGGAAUGAGACCAAAUGAGGUGAGCUUGUCGGUGGUUCUAUCGAUGUGCGCGCUGGCUGGGGCAAUUGAGUUUGGCAAGGUUUUACAUGGGUUUCUGGAGAAAUCCGGGUUUCUUUGGAUCAUUUCAGUGAAUAACGCACUCAUUCAUACAUAUUCUGCUUGUGGAAAUGUGGGCAUGGCUCGAUUGAUCUUUGAGGGAAUGCCAAAAAGUAAAAGCAUUGUUUCUUGGACAACGAUGAUAGCAGGACUUGCAAUGCAUGGUCAUGGAGAAGAAGCAAUACAGCUCUUCCAUGAUAUGGAAGCGUCUGGAAUCAGGCCUGAUAGAGUUACCUUUAUUUCCAUCUUAUAUGCUUGUAGUCACGCUGGAUUGAUUGAAGAAGGAUGCACAUAUUUUUCUAAGAUGGUGGAUAUAUAUGGUAUAGAGCCAGCCAUCGAGCAUUACGGUUGUAUGGUUGAUCUAUAUGGUCGAGCUGGGAAGAUGCAGGAGGCCUAUGAUUUUGUAUGUCAAAUGCCCAUUUCGCCUACCGCUAUUAUUUGGCGGACUCUUCUUGGGGCUUGUAGCAUUCACGGUUACGUCGAGUUGGCAGAGCAAGUGAAGGAGAGGCUUUCUGAACUUGAACCCAACGAUUCUGGUGAUCAUGUUCUUUUGUCAAAUAUUUAUGCCAUUGCAGGGAAAUGGAAGGAUGUUGCCGCAGUAAGAAGAUCAAUGACUGACCAGAGGAUCAUGAAGACUCCUGGUUGGAGCAUGAUUGAGGUUGACAAGAUGAUGUAUACUUUUGUGGCGGGUGAAAAACAUGAUAAAAUUACACAAGAGGCUUAUGAGAAGUUAAGGGAGAUAAUGCUGAAGCUGAGGGUUGAAGGAGGUUAUGUUCCAGAGGUUGGGAGUGUUUUGCAUGACAUAGAAGAGGAAGAAAAGGAAGAUUCAGUGUCUAGGCACAGUGAGAAGCUUGCUGUAGCUUUUGGAAUGGAAAGAUUACGCGAGGGAAAGAUCAUAAGAAUCGUGAAAAAUUUGCGGGUGUGCAGGGAUUGCCAUACGGUAAUGAAGCUAAUUUCUAGAGUUUUUAGAUUGGAAAUAGUGGUGAGAGAUAGAAGUCGCUUCCACACUUUCAGAGAUGGCUCUUGUUCUUGCAGAGAUUACUGGUAAUUGCAAAAGGAAAUCUUCUGUUGAGGAAAACAAAAACAACCAAAUCAAUGCCAUCCAUGGAAAACUGGGUAUUGGGCAAAUCA